AAACUAAUAUUCUUAUUCCGAACCAUUCCUUUUCAUCGAUCACUUACGCAAUUAAUCGAACCACAAAUAUGCACCGAUCUUAAUAUAGACCGGUGUAGGAGUAACGAUUUUCGAAUUCCUCACGAGUGCUGAACGAAAAUUUUAUACAAGAAAUUAAAAUUAAAAAUAUAAAAAGUUUACAAAUUCUACUACAAGUGGAAGGACCACUUCCUUGCUUUGUUUAUACUCCACUUUACCUUGCUUUCUCAAUCACCGAAAUCGACCCACAAAGGUAAAUUCGUAAACCCUAAAGAGAGAAACCGCGAGUGUGUGUGUGUGUGAGGUAAAGAUCUCAAAAACCUGCGUAAAACGUUUCCCUCUUUUGAAACCCCAAUUGCGAAGAAGAUGGUGGACUUUAGUAGAGUGCAAAAGGAGCUUCAAGAAUGUAACAGAGACAUUAAUGUCUCGGGUAUAAGCGUAAACCCUAAAUCCGACAAUCUCACCAAUUUGAUCGGCACCAUUCCCGGCCCGAUUGGUACUCCGUACGAAGGCGGAACCUUCAAGAUUGAUAUCAAUUUACCUGAUGGAUACCCUUUUGAGCCACCAAAGAUGAAAUUCGCAACCAAAGUUUGGCACCCAAACAUCAGCAGCCAAAGUGGAGCCAUUUGUUUGGACAUUUUGAAGGAUCAAUGGAGUCCAGCACUUACUUUGAAGACAGCUCUUCUUUCCAUACAGGCUCUACUCUCUGCCCCUGAACCUGAUGAUCCACAAGAUGCUGUUGUAGCUCAACAAUAUCUUAAAGACUACCAGACUUUUGCAAGCACAGCUCGAUACUGGACAGAGUCUUUUGCAAAAACAUCAUCUCUUGGGGUUGAAGAGAAGGUACAAAAGCUUGUGGAGAUGGGGUUCCCUGAAGGGUUGGUUAGGAGUACUCUGGAAGUUGUUGGUGGUGAUGAAAAUAUGGCUUUAGAGAAGUUAUGUUCUGGGUAAAAUAUAUAUAUGAAUUUAUUAUAUAUUAUAUGUAGUCGAAUUUAAAUUCUCAUUUGUGAACACACGAAAACUUUUGAAAAUGAAAAAUAUUUGUUAUCAGAAGAAUUGUGUUUGAGUGUUAUUGUUUUGUUGCAAUAUUGAUCUAGGAGUGUAUAAGUUAUAUAAUCCAUAGUAAUGUAGUAGUGUAAUAAAGAUCGGCUACUUUAUAUUUGACACUUGCUUUAUGUUUCUUUUUAACAACUACAUAUUAAAUAAAAAAGGUUGAC